UAUAUAUAUGUAUUCUCAUCACUCAGGCUAUAGGUCGCCUCUCUCCGCCCCAAACGCGUAAACAAACAAACAAACAUUGUUCGAUUCGACGACGCUAAGCUAGUUACUCCAUCAAACCGAUCGAGGCACGAGAUCGAUUAACUACUAAUCGAUGGGUUAGAUAAUUUGUGAUCUAAACGGAACCUGCUGGUGGCCCAGAUAUACCAGCAGUCAUUCAAGUAUAUUGUUGCUCAAGAGUCAAGAAUCAAGACAGAUGCAUGUACAUGUAUCUAUAUAAACCGGCCGGCAAAUCAGGAGCUGCAUGCUAGUUAAUUAAUCCAAGCCAUUCCAUCAUGCGAACUGAGGUUAUCAAGGCCGAUAGCAUCGAGGCAGCCGCCGGACGAAUUCUCGAUGAACUGAAGGAGGGCAAUAACAACAGCAGCAGAGGCAUCACUGGAGGCAGGGAGCAUGUCAUCUACUUCGACGGCUGGGACGGACUGGGGGCGUCCGCUGUCCUCCGAGCCGUUGCACAGCGCCUCACCCCAGGAGCUUUGGAGGCCCAGGGUGAAUUGCGGUUCGAUCAGAUCAUCCACAUCGACUGCUCCAAGUGGGAGAGCAGGAGAUCGCUGCAGAGGGCUAUCGCUGAGCAGCUGGACCUCCCUGCCCAGGUGAUGGAGUUGUUCGACAGGCAAGAUGAGGAGGACGAUUUUCAUGGGAUCCCCAGGGGCUCUCGCACUGAGAUACCACAAGUCCUGGAGGCCAUGUAUCAAUGCAUACAGAAGCUCAACCACAGGUUCUUGGUGAUUCUUCACAACGGGAGCAGCCAGGAGAUUGACCUGUCCACCUUUGGCUUCCCUCUGUUCGGAUACUCGACCAACAAGGUCCUCUGGACAUUCCAAGGGAGAUUCCGGCUUAAACCCAGGAUGAAGGUCGAUAAGGCCAUUCAGACCACUGCAAGGAAGACGGAGGUUUUCCUCUCCGCCUCACGCGAUGAGAGAGAUCCACAGGAGCUCUGGUCUUUCCUUGUUCAUCAAGAGGUUGAUGAAAUCAUUACUGCCGGAGGCAUCAUCACUCAGUCGGUUGCCGCUAAGUGUGUCUCGUAUCUACUGAGGCUGUGCUGCAUGCGCCAUUUCUUCAGCAUAGACUAUGAUUUGGCCACCCACAGCUGCAACUACUGGAUCUGUGAAGGCAUCAUACAGCAAGGGCAGGGCACCGAUCAAGAAGACGAAGAACAGGCUUGGAGAGUUGCUGAUGCUAUGCAGCAUGAGAUGAGACUGGAUGUGCAGUAUUUGCCCCUCUUUGACAUGGUAAUAAUGCGUGGUGAGACCACCACCAUGCCAUCCUCCUCCAGCACUUCACCACCCUACUGGCAUUUGCCAGUACCAGCCGUAGCCAUUCCUAACCUAGACAUGCUCCAACAUUAUCCUGAAAAACAAAUAAGCAUUCUCAAGCUCUCUCGCCGCACCAUUAGCCCUUCAUCACCACCCUUCCUCUACUGCCAUGGCCUUAAGUUCCUAUGGCUCGACCACUGUGAAGACCUAGAAGAAAUCAACACAAUUGAGACAACAGGGAAGGAGGAGGACAUCAGCCAAUGCUUCCAGAGUCUGUGGGUGCUAGACGUGCGAUAUACACGCUGCAAGAGGAUCUUGUCUGCACGGAUGCUGGGAUUCAUGACUCACCUCAGGGAGCUAAAUGUGGUGGGAGCACAGGAUUGGGACAUCGGCCAGCUGCAGAGCCAACUACCUAACAUCCGAAAGCUCCGAGUAACAAAGUCAACAUUAGGCUGCUCGGAAAAUAACUUGUUCUUGGGAAUGAACAAGAUGGAGCUUCUUGACUUUUCAGGGAACCAUACAAAAUUUUCUGGGUUGAGCACUAGCAGCAACCAGCUUGAGACUAUGAUCAUUACUGAUGGGUGUGUUGGGAUACAAAAGUUCUCUUUCAAGGGAUGUUCUAAGCUGAAGAAUCUGUUGUUGCGUGGACUGUUUGAGGGACUUUGCAUCAUAGACUUGUCGGCCACAGCAGUCAAAAUACUUGAUCUCAGUGCCAUGACAGCUCGGAGCCUGAAUGAGCUCUUCUUGAAUGACUGCCACAAGCUUUGUGCAAUCCUGUGGCCAUCACCAGAAGUCAAGAACAAAAGUUACUUCAAGAAGCUGCACAUUGACACCACGGGGUCAUCGGCACUCAUGAAAGAGAACUCCACAGACGGUGUCACUGCCCCCAGUGUCAUGACAUCAUCAUCGGCAUCAUUAUCUGUGGUUCAUGGUGCUAGAGCACCCUCAGAAUUUGAUUGGUGUAUCAAGCUAAAAGAUGCAAGGCUCCUCAGGUCACUUGUGCCGCCCUUCAAAGAAUAUUUCACUACCAAAUUUGUACAUGUGGAGAUUUACUCUUCUGCCCCUGCUUUUUCUCCUGGCAACGACGACAAAGAUGUUGAGGUCACCUUUGAAGACCAUCCACUUCUGCAGCCAAGUGAAGGUGACGCUCCCAUGCUCACCCCAUGCCCAAGUAUUCCUUCUCAUGAUGCCCUGUCCUUCUACGCCCACAUACAAGACCAGAAGCUAAGGUGCACUAAAUCAUUGCCGGAGGGUGAACAGACUAUGACUAGUAUUGUUAUACCAGAUAUAAUAUGUCGCAGUACUUAUAUCCUGCAUGUGCAUGAUAGCUUGUCCAUCACCAAUAUCCCAGGCCCUGCUCCUACACUAGGUUCAACAUGGCGCUAUCUAGAGUGGUGCCGAGUUGAGCGGUGCCCAAAGUUGGAAUAUGUCUUCACCACUCCUCAGUUGCAAGGAAGAGAUGAUGUCUUCGUCUUUUAUUUUCUACAGACAUUCUGGGCAUCAGAGCUCCCUAAAGCACGUUACAUAUGGAAUUGGACCCCGUUCCAGUUUAAGGCAACAUUUAAUGGUUUGAAAUUGCUGCACAUUGACUUGUGCCCCAGGCUGAUACAUGUACUGCCCUUGGUUCCAAUGGUGAACCAAAGUCUACGAUAUCUCGAGACGCUCGAGAUCGUGUGGUGUGGUGAUCUGAGGGAGGUCUUCCCCUUGUACACCACAGAUGCCAAAAGCAAACAAGAACAACAACAAUCAGCAACAACUACCAUGGAGUUCAAGCAUCUGAAGCGUAUCCAUCUGCAUGAGCUUCCAAAGCUGCAGGGCAUCUGUGGGCAAUGGAGGAUAUCCGCGCCCAAGCUCGAGACUGUGAAAAUCACGGGCUGCUGGAGCCUCAAGCGCCUGCCGGCCGUCAGCAAAAAGCCAAGCAAGAUGGUAGAGUGUGAUUGUGAGAAGGAAUGGUGGGACAGGCUGCACUGGGAUGGGUUGGAGGCCAAUCACCACCCUUCCCUGUACAACCCAACCCACUCACGGUACUACAAGAAGACCCUGCUCAAGGGCUCCGUGCUUAGAUGACUGAGGUGGGCAGAUGGACGAUGAUACUCUGCUUCGCCCUCACCUGCUUGUAUUUCAUCCCCUGCUUUGGGUUGACUGGUUUGUAUUUCUUCAUGGCCCCUGUAUGCUGUAUCUGCACCAGCCUGCACUGUGGAUUGGUUCCUCUUUGGUUUGUCAAUCAGUGCCGUCAUCAUGCUAUCUUAUUGUUAGAGAUAUAAGAUGGUGUGAUACAGAUUGAUGUAUCUCUGCUCUGAGUAGUAGAGAAAUGAAUAAGGGAGACCGAGAGGCCGGCUAACUGCUGCUGCUGCUUGUGCUCCUGUCUUGUGUGUUCCAGCUUGUGGUGUGAUGUGGUCUCUUGUCAGGUUGCUUGAGUUUGUUCUCAUGAUUUUUAACACUUUUUGUUGUACUUUCACUAAACAUGGAUGGAUGAAUAAAAUAUUGAUACUUGUGUGCUUGGUUUG